GCCGUCUGACGGGUCGCCGACCGAUCUCUGCGGCCGACUUCGCCCGUAUGGACAGCCGAUUGGGUGACUCUAUCGUGGGCUCAGCACCGGUGCGGCGCCGCAUGUUUUUCCUGGUAAUACACGGUGUGGUGGCCGACGAGCCGUCGACCAUAUUGAAAAUCACCCAGGACAGCACAGCGCACGACGUGAUUGGCCAGGCGUUGGCCAAAGCCAACAAACCCCCGGAGUCGGCCACAGAGUAUGUGCUCAUAGAGGAGGUGCAGAGGGGUUGGGAUAAACGCCGACUCAAUGACCGGCACUGCACUCAACGUAUACUAGAUGUGGGCGAACGCCCGCUGGAGGCCCAGUCCCUGUGGAAAGGCGACGGCAGGUUUGUGCUGAAACGUGUGGCCGACGACCCGAGUUCGCGGGCGUGGAUGUCGUCGAUCAGGUCGGCCCAGAAAGACCGGGGGCUGAGGCAGAGGGCGGCCGACGGCACAGACGUCCAGUCGACCGACCAAUUGAACCGCGAG